AUGUGGACACGACAUCGACUCCGGGACGCCGAGCGAAGAAAUCGUCCAAGCAUCACCGACAACAGGAGUACAUCUUUAAAGAUCCAGCUAGUAAACCAGUCCCAUAAACAGCUGGGGACGGUGGCUGGGGCUGUGGAAGGUAAGCAAGUCCUAACCAGACCAACCCAAUCACCGGAAUGGCGAGCAUUGGGAUCAAAGGAUCCUAGUCGAGAUGACCCUGACCGCGAGAUGUCGCUGAGGAGUCAUCCUGACCGUGAGAGCUACGUCCGGGAUCAUCCUGACCCCGAGACGUCCUCCAGGAAUCAUCCGGACGCGAAGGUCUAUCGGGAUCAUCUGACCCGAACGUCCUCCAGGGAUCAUCCGGACCGCGAAGGGUCUAUCCGGGAUCAUCCUGACCCCGAGAUGAUGCUGAGGGAUCUUUAUGACCCCGAAAUGUCGACCAGGGAUCAGCCGGACCCCGAGAUGCCUGCCAGGGAUCAUCCUGACCCCGAGAUCCUGACCACCAAGGACCGAGGUCAACGGAGGAGCAGCGAUCCUGACCCAGUGGACCUAGGCCGAAAGGACGAGCAUGCAGAGGAUCCUGAUGAAGGUACAGAUCACGACCAGCACGUGAUCAUGAGAUGGCUUGCUGACUCGGAGUAG